UUUCCGGAAUUUUCAGGCUGUUUGUUCAUUGAUGUUCUCUUGUGGACUGCUUCAACUAGCUUUUAUGUGGAAAGCACAAUGCGGGGAUUUUGACAAAUUAGCAAGACCCCACACAAUUCCCCGUCCAACAAUGAUUUCUGCAUUUGCCCUAACUGCUGGGAUUGCUUUAGGAUAUGCCUAUUUUCUUAUUUUUAAUAUUGCCUUUCGAAAUUGUGACAAAUUGUUUGACGCAGCUGGGGCCGAAGAACAAUGGCAGGAAGCCCUCUACGAUCUUUUAAUGAUUUCUUUUUGUGUUCUUUCACUAAUUUAUAUCUUUCAAAGAUCUUAUUAUGGCUCUCAAAAUACAAAUUUUGAUUUAAUUACCAGAAAAUGGGUUAAUAUUGUUUUGACUAUUGUAUGGGUCAAAAUUGUGAUCUUUAAAGGAUAUUUGAGUUAUCAAGAACUUUGUCAACGCAGUGAGAUAUCUGGAUAUUGGUGCCCUGUAAUUAGACGUUCAUAUACUUGCGAUCCCGAAACAAAAUUAAAAGGAACCCAGAAAACAUGGUAUUAUAUGCACAAAGGAUUGUUAAAUUCCGCAAUAAUUUCGUGUGCCUCAGAAUUUUUUCCAGUAAUGUUAGUAGCUCAUUGGUUAGCUUGUGGACGGGCAGAACAAAGAGCUGAUGAGCUUAUAAGGAGAAGACAAGAAAAGAAAAGUGUUAGAAGAAUGCUUCAAGGAAUGAUUGGAGAUGUUUCAAAAAUUUAUGGAUUAGACCCGACAGCCCAAAUUAGACGACAACUUCCCCCUCUCAAUUUACCCACAAUUUUAACUGCUUCACUUGUAAUACUUGGGUGUAUUACUGCUUUUUUGACUUUAUGGGCAAGACAAGCAAUUACAGUUAAACGUUUUUGUCCUUACCACAAAGCAGAAUCUAAAGGGGACUUAGUCUUAAUUUUUGGAAGUGCUUCUUUUAUGACUGUUAAACUUGGUUUACAGCUGGUUGAAUUACACUUUCAAAGAGCAGACGGGUUUCUUUCUUGGCCUGAAGCAUUACUGCGAACUGUUUCCCUAACAUUAAUUCAAGCUUCGCAAUGGUUGCAGUAUAUGUGUUUGCAUAGAAUAAUGGCUCUUCAUUUUGAAGAUGUCCACGCUACCCGCCGAUUUUUACCUAUAGUCGCGUUAUCUGCAGUUGUAGUAAAUUGGGUUGGAUUUGGAGUGACAUUUUUCGAAACAAAUACAAUAAAAUAUCAAUUAGGCCUAGAAGAAUUACGUUUUAGCCAGUCAACUUUAAUAAUUAUGAUUUUUACUCAAACAAUAUAUCCGGCAGAUUAUCUUUUUUGUUUUACAGCGGCUGGCUGUUGGACAGAUGUUUUGUUAAGAUAUGUGGAAAUGGGACUAUUCCAACUUGGACCCCCAAUGGAUUUGGAAGAAUUACAAGACUUAGAACAACAACAUCAUGAAGCUAGAAGAAAGGGACAUUCUACUCCUACAACAAAUGUAAAAAGUCGAGUAUCUUCUUCUACACUAGAAGAAUUAAAUAAUUCAUCUUUUGGUACAGACAGACCACAAAUUGAAGAAUUUAAAAUUUGUAAUGGAGAUUUAAAUAAUGAAAAUAAGGAAGAAAAUAUUGAAGAAGAAAAGGAAGAAAAAUUAAAAAAUAAAAAUAAUAAAAUUAUUAAAGGAAUGAUGAAAAGAGGUGGAGGUGGUGGAGGAAAUAAUAAAAAGAAUGUUACACAAAUAUCAGUUAGUUUUUAUAUGGAUCCAGCUAUUAUAGAAGAGGAAAAAGAAGAUAAAUAA